CAUUGGAGUCAAGUUUAAUAAUGUUAAGCGAAAUUAUUUUAUAUAAGUAUUUCCUCAAUAUUUCAGGUCCAGAUGUAUCCGAUACAGAGGUGAAUACGUUAGAUAAUGAGGAUGAAGUCUUUCUUCUAUCGGACUCGGAGAAAACUGAGGGAUUUGAUCAGUCGAGUUUUGAAAGCGUAAUAAGAAAGUACAAGCUUCAAAGUGUAGAAAAGAUCUUUAAGGAGAAUGAGAUUGACUGCAUUCGAUCUUUUGUGGACUUGUCAGCCAAUGAUCUGGAAAAUCUUGGACUUAAAAUCGGACAAAUAAAGAAAUGUUUAUCAGUAAUUAAAAUCUUAAAUAAUCGCAACAGAAAAACUGUUUCUGCUAAUAAUAUUACGGGAAGGAAGUUAGACUACUCAUUGGCAGAAAAUCUUCAAUCAUUACCUAAUGUUUUCUAAUUUCUUUUUGAAUUUGCCUUUAUCGACCUAGCACGAAGUAACACACAGAUUUUUAUUUGUACAUGCAUUUCUUUCAAGAUAUUAUCGCUAUGGAUUUAAUAAAAAGAAUUGUUAAAAUACUCUAUGGGAUGUAAACAGUGAGAAAUUAAAGGUCAAAAUUGUAGAAACUAUUUGCAUUUAUUCCUCUAAAUGCCUUACGUAAAUCAAGUUGUAUAAAUAUAAAAAAUCAGAUUUUACAAUG